AUGACGAUGAAGCCAGACGUUCGCCGACACCCGGUGCGUGGGCAAAGCUGCCCGGCACCCUUCCCCGCUGCAGGGCGGCUGCAAGAGGAGCAGCAGCUGCCCGACGCCGGCAGCUCCCGGUCACACCCUUACACAAGGCAUGCUGCUGCGAAGUACAGCAACCUGGCUGAAGGCAGCCACACCACGGUGACCCCGUUCAUCCUCCUAGGACUGACCAGUGAGCCUAAGCUGCAGACUCCUCUCUUCAUAAUCUUCGUAACGAUUUAUCUCCUCACCCUGAUUGGCAAUCUCGGGCUGAUCACAUUGAUCGAGACAAACUGCCGGCCGCACACUCCCAGGUACUUCUUCCUCCGCAAUCUGUCUCUUGUUGACCUUUGCUACUCCUCCAUCUUUUCUCCAAAGCUGCUUACUGCCGCCUUGGUGGAAAAGAAAACCAUUUCUUCCGCCUGCUGCGCCCAGCAUUUCUGUUCCCUUGUGUUUGUGACCGCAGAGGUGCUCUCGCUGGCUGUGGUGGCGUACGACCGCUACGUCGCCAUGGGACCCGCUCUCUACACCGUUUCUAUGUCCAAGAGGGUCUGCAGCCAGCCGGCGGCCGGGCCGUACCUCGGGGGGAUUUUGAACUCACUAACCCGAACGCGUUGCUUGCUGCCGUUGCCUUUUUGUGGACCCAAUGUCACCAACCGUUGCUUCUGUGACACUAACCCUCUGCUGACUCUCCCCUGCUCUGAUGACCACCUCAGUGAGCUUUUCCUUGUAGCCUUCAAUGGGACCAUUUCCACGUCUGUGCUCUUCAUCAUCAUCAUCAUCAUCUCCUAUGUACACAUCCUCUUCUCCAGCCUGAGGGUUAGGUCUGCCAAGGCAGGCACGAAGCCUUCUCCGCCUGUGCCUCCCACCUCCUGA